AAAAAAAAAAAAAAAAAAAAAAAAAAAAAAAAAAACAAUUUAAAGAAAAGAAAGAAAGAAAGUUAGUUCAUCAAACCUUGUUCAUGGCCUCUUUCAAGACCCUCAAGUCAACUUUUCUCAUCAUAGCUCUCCUACUCUCCCUCCAAUUCUCCAACACCAAUAGUCACGGCGGCGACACUCAUAACUCCGGUGACACCGGCAACGUGAAUUUGCAUUCGAAGGGAUUAAUUCUGGUGAAAGUAUGGUGUCUGAUCAUCCUCUUCUUGAGCACCUUCGCCGGAGGAGUCUCCCCUUAUUUUCUAAGGUGGAACGAGAGCUUUCUUCUCUUGGGGACUCAGUUUGCCGGAGGAGUGUUUCUGGGUACUUCUCUUAUGCAUUUCUUGAAAGAUUCCACAUCGGGUUUUCUUGAUCUCACAAACAAAGCAUACCCUUUUUCGUACAUGUUGGCGUCUUCAGGGUAUCUGAUUACUAUGCUUGGUGAUUGUGUGGUGAUGUGGGUGACCAAGGAUGCAGAGAGAGAGGCCAAAGUGGAGGUGGAAGGUGGUGGUGGUAGGACUGAGGAGGAGGAGAGGAGGAGGAAAGAGGUGGUGGGGGUGGAUCUACACCCAGGUUUUGCGAGGACAACUUCAUUUGGGGAUACUAUACUUCUCAUACUUGCCUUGUGCUUCCAUUCUGUUUUUGAGGGUAUUGCUAUUGGAAUUUCAUCUACAAAGGGAGAUGCAUGGAGAAACCUAUGGACAAUUUCAUUGCACAAGAUAUUUGCAGCCAUUGCAAUGGGAAUAGCACUAUUAAGGAUGUUACCAAAGAGGCCAUUGACAAUGACAGCGGCAUACUCUUUUGCCUUUGCCAUUUCAAGCCCAGUUGGGGUUGGAAUAGGGAUUGCCAUUGAUGCCACAACUCAAGGCUCAGCAGCUGAUUGGACCUAUGCCAUCUCCAUGGGAAUUGCUUGUGGUGUUUUCAUCUAUGUUGCCAUCAACCAUCUCAUUGCCAAAGGGUUCAAACCACAGGGUCCCUGUUAUUUUGACUCUCCAUUUUUCAAGUUUCUUGCUGUGCUUCUUGGUGUUGGAGUUAUGGCAGUUGUGAUGAUUUGGGAUUAGCAAAACUUGUCUUGAUUUGGAUUUUGUUAUUUUGUUUUUGAAUUUGGUUUUGGUUUUCUAAUAAAUUUGUUGUGGUGUGUGUUGAUGAAAAACUAAGGUUUGUAGAAGGGUUCAAUGAUAUUUACUUGAAUAAAUUAUACCGAUAGUUCUUAUA